AUGGUCCACGGGGUAGGACUAUGCUACUGCUCCCCGCCCUCCCCCCCUCCCAGUCCCCUCUUCCCAACCCUCCCUCUCCCCCCUAUUCCCCACCCCCUCUCCCCCUACUCCCUCUCUCCCUCUCCCCCUAUUCAUCACCUCCCUCUCCCCCCAUUCUCUCCCCUUACUCCCCCUCUCCCUCUCCCCCUAUUUCCCCACCUCCCUCUCCCCCUACUUAUAACGCCCCGCUACCAACUGGUCUCGGUUCUCCUAGACUGCCAGGCGCUCUGGAUCCGCAACUUCACGGGAUGGACGACGGGGGAGGACUGUGCUACUGCGGAGGGGCUGCAGUGUGACAGUAACGGGAUGAUCGUGAAGAUGUCAAUGGAGAUGUCAUCCCUGGCAGGGGUGCUGCCCUCGUCUCUUGGCAACCUGACUCUGCUGACGCACCUCAACUUCUUUCAGAACAACCUAGACAGUGACAUCCCCACCACCUUUGGCGCUCUCACAAACCUGCAGCACCUCAAUCUGGGCAUCAACCUGGUCACGGGCCCGCUCCCUCUCUUCCUCGACACGCUCUCGCUCCUCACCUUCUUGAAUCUCGGCGACAAUCAGCUCACAGGGACGCUGUCAGCUGGUCUGGGGAAUCUCAAGCAGCUGCAGUUCCUGGACCUGUCCAAGAACAACGUAUCUGGGUCCCUGCCGUCAACUCUAGGAUCGCUCUCAACCCUCACAUGGCU